ACAAUAAACAGAAGAUAUCGAACGGGCGGUGCGGAUAGCUUGAAUAUUCCUAAAUUAAAUGCCGAAAUUCGCUUUUUAGCGAUGGCUUUGUGAUGUUUAAUAUAUCUGACCCAAUAAUAUGUAUGAAAAUAUCUGUUUUCAACAUUUAAACUUCUGAUAAGAUGUUUUUAAAUUGAUGUAACAAUGAACGAUAGCGGUGCCGAAUGCUCCGAAGCCUUAGAUCCUCGAGUGCAGAUUGAACUUGAGCGUUUAAACACAGCCACAGAUGAGAUCAACCGUUUGGAAGUUGAAUUGGAUGAGGCAAGACUGGCCUUCCGUCGUCUUCUUGCUGAAGGCCAUCUACGUAUACAGCAGUUAACAAAAAAACUUGGCACCAGUGUACAUAAAGCAAGACCUUAUUAUGAAGCCAGGUUUAGAGCAAAUAUUACAUCUCAAGAGUUACAAACAGCAACACUGGCUUAUGACAAGGCUAACAGUGCGCAUGCAGCAGCAAGAGAAAUGGUGUACCUCGCGGAACAGGGUCUUGCUAGGCUUGCUGAAGGCUCCGAAGGUGGACUUACCUUGGACCCAGCAUGGCAAGAAAUGCUCAACCAUGCUACACAUAGGGUUAACCAGGCUGAGGCAGACCGAGCAGUGGCUACGGUGACACAGCGCACUAAAGCUGCGGCACACCGCGCCGCCGCAACCCUCGUACAGCAACUGCAGAACGGACUAAAGAGACAUAUUGCUAAGUCUAGGCCAUACUUUGAAGAGAAGGCGCGCAUUAACGCUGCACUGGAGGCUCAAAAGGCUCGUAUCCAAACAUUAGAGGAGCAAGUUACUGAAGCGAAACAGCAAUACUCUUCAGCUUUAAGAAAUCUUGAAAGAAUAUCUGAUGAAAUACAUCGUCAUCGAUCAAGGCGACAGUCUACGAGAAAUGAUAUAGAUCGUUCAACAUUCACGGACACGGCGAGUGAGUCUAACACGAGUGAGAAUCUGGAGGAACUUUGCGAGAACAGUACUGAUGCGAGCGUGCGCGAGUGGCUGCGUCGUGCGGCUGACGCGCAGCGCCCGCGUCUACCUGACUCCGACACAUGGACUGAGAUAGACCUAGACUACUCCAGUCCUGAGGAAAUAAGCUUCGAGAAAUGUUCUCUCCGACCGCGGUCUACUCCUGAGAAGACUCCGUCACCACCUAGUCCUUUAGAAUCCAAGGUGUCCGCAGCAUCCCCGCGACGUAUCAUACGAGCUGAACGUACUGCUCUCAGGAACGAACUUAGACAAGAAUUGAGACAGGAACUACAGAACGCACGACGACAAAGUCUUGAUGCCUUACUUCAUGAUACAGGAGAACGAGUCAAGGAGAUGUUUCAAGGUCUGUCGUUGUUCGGAGAACGUCGUGGGUCUGGAUCUGCGCCGCGCACUCCGCGUCGACGCUCGCCCACAACCUCCUCGGCGUCAUCUGAUAGACAUUCAGACACGGAUAGCCUGCCUAGUGUGGAAAUGUUAACAGACGACCAAAUAGCAUCAUUAAUGUUGGACGCACAAUUAGAAGCAGUGUGCGAACGGUUGGCGGGAGUCGCCGUACGACAGCCAAGGUCACCACAUUCACCUGAAGCACGAUAUUGAACCUUAUUUCUUAACGGUAAGGUAUAAAUUUGAAUAACACGUUAUAGGAACUCUAUAAUGAACCUUAAAAUUAUUAUACCAAGGUACGAUUUUGAUUGACAUGCUACUAUACUAUAGAAGUACCAUAUAACUAUAGUGUUAAGAUCGGAUUUCGAUUGAAAAGUUAUAGAUGCAAGAGAAGCGAGAUAUUGAGUCUUAAGUUAUAUGUCUUAAAGUUUAAUUUUCAAUAACAUUUGAUAUAUUUAUACAACAGAAUUGCGAUAUUGAAUCUUAUUGCAUUGGUUUUAAAGUAGGAUUUUAAAUGACGCGUAAAUUCCAAAGACAAAAUUGAUUGUUGUUUUCAGUUUGGAAUAAAACGGAACGUUUUGUUAUAAAAUGAGAUAUUUAACUUUAUUUGAAUAGAGUUAAGGUAGAUUUUCACUUGCCAUGCGUUAUGAAGAUUAAAAUUUGCUAAUGCGACUAUUUUAUUUGUCAGUACGACGAACGUAAUGUUGAAUUUGCACAGUAGAGCGAAUUUGUUUCCUAUUUGUAUGGAAUAAGGUUGAAUUUUGAAUAAAGCGUGAUAAUUCUAGUACAUUCUAUACGAGAAUAGUUGUUUAGAAUACGCAAUUAUAUUUGGAAAUAGAAAAAAUUCUAAAUUUAAAUAUGUUUUUUUUUAUUAUUAUUAUUCAGUUUUAUAUGACGUCUAAAUUAAAAAUAAUAAUUAUGUAGGUUUAUUAUUGUUAUUGAAUUUGAAGAAAAAAAAAUAGUCGCAAUUACGUAGCGUGAAAAGCUUCGUAAUUUUGUACUUUAACACAACGGCAUAAGACUCACAAUAAAUACCACGUGAUAUUACUAGCGUUAGAAAUUGAACUUUAAGUACUAGGGUAUAAGAGUUCACUUGAUACGUAAUAAUUUGAAAUGCAAGUAGUGAUGUUCGAUCGAAUAAUAUUUUGAAAGCGA